UAUCUUCCAAAUGCUCUUUGGGGGCGGAAAAGUCUCAGCUGAAAGUUGCAGGUUCCAGAUAUCAGUACGAACAAUGGUCCAAAGGAUAAGGCAGGAUUUAUCAACAGGAGCUUCAUAAUUGCUGUUAAUAAUUACAGUCGUGAUAAGAGGCGGCAGAGGUGGCAUUUCUUGAUGGAAAAGCUGUCUGAGGGGCCAUUUGAACUCCAGGAGCAAGAGGAGGAAGAAGAGAAAGUGGAGAGUGUGGAUUUGAGACAGAUUAGGACAUUUUCAGAUCCCCAGAGGGACGAGGCAGCAGAGAGGACACGAUGCGUCCUGGAGCUCAGCAGUACGUGGUGGCCCGGCAGCUUUACUCCGAGGACUCCUUCACCGAGAACCAUGAGAAGGUUUACCGCCACAGAAAGACCAUGUUGGACCACUUCAAGCAGUACUUAACAUGUGAUGCCAAACGAGCCAAGAAUGCUGCUCUCUCUCUGCUGCCCAUCAUCAGCUGGAUGAAAAUCUACCAAAUCAAAAAGUGGCUGAUCAGUGACAUCGUGUCUGGAGUCAGCACCGGCCUGGUAGCUGUCCUUCAAGGUCUGGCGUAUUGUCUGCUGGCCUCUUUGCCGCCCUGGUAUGGACUUUUCUCCGCCUUCUUUCCCGUCAUCAUUUACUUUUUCCUGGGCACCUCCAGACACAUCUCAGUGGGUCCGUUCCCGGUGUUGUGUCUGAUGAUCGGAUCAGUCGUCACCCGGCUGGUUCCAGAUGUCGGUCCGCCUGCAAACAUCACGGGGUUUGAAGGCCUGUCGAUGGACGAUCAGAGGGUCCUGGUGGCCUCUUCUUUGACCUUCCUCGUCGGCAUCAUGCAGCUGGCGAUGGGUGUCAUGCAGGUUGGUUUUGUUGUGAUGUACCUGUCCGAUACUCUGGUGUCCGGCUUCACCACAGCCGCUGCCGUCCACAUCCUGGUGUCCCAGCUCAAGUUCAUUUUGGGAUUAACGGUUCCUGGCAUCAGCGGACCUCUCUCUCUCAUAUAUACGCUGGAAAUCAUAUUUAACAAGAUCACCUCCACCAAUGUGUGUGACGUGGUGAUCUCCUUGGUGAUCAUGGUGGUGGUGUUCAUCGUGAAGGAGCUGAACGACAGAUUGAAAUCCAAGUUGCCGUUUCCCAUCCCUAUAGAAGUUAUCAUGACGGUCAUCGCAUGUGGAGUUUCAUACGCGUUUGACUUCAAGACAAGAUUUGGCAUUGAAGUUGUCGGCUUUAUUCCACAAGGGUACGAGCCUCCGAUGGCCCCAGACCUGGACAUCUUCCAGGAGACGGCAGUUGAAGCUUUUCCAAUGGCCAUCGUGGGAUUCGCUGUUGCCUUCUCCGUGGCAAAAGUGUAUUCUGUAAAACAUGACUACACCAUAGAUGGAAACCAGGAGCUGAUCGCUUUCGGAGCCAGCAACAUCUUCGGAGCUUCUUUCAAGUCUUUUGCUGCGAGUACAGCUCUGUCCAGGAGCGCAGUGCAGGAGAGCACAGGCGGCAAAACACAGAUAGCAGGUUUACUGUCAGCUAUUAUCGUGAUGAUCGUCACAUUGGCCGUUGGUUUUCUCCUAGAGCCGCUCCCAAAGUCUGUGCUUGGAGCUGUGGUCAUCGUCAACCUGAAGGGCAUGUUGAUGCAGGUUAGAGACGUCCCUUACCUGUGGAGGAGGGACAAACCAGACUGUGUGGUGUGGUUAGCUACCUGUAUUGCAUCCAUCUUUUUGGGGCUGGACCUCGGGUUGGCUGUAGGUCUCGGGGUGGAGCUGAUCAGCGUGGUGCUCAGGGCUCAGUUCCCUCGCUGCAGUGUGCUGGCAAACAUCAAAGGAACUGAUAUCUACAGAGACAGAAAGGACUAUAUUGAUAUAUAUGAGCCGGAGGGAGUGAAGAUCUUCAGGAUACCGUCACCAAUCUUUUUUGCCAACAUUGACUUCUUCAGGACCAAAUUAGUGGAAGCUGUUGGAUUUAACCCGUUGAGAGUGUUGCGAAAGAGAAACAAAGCGGUGAGGAUGAUCCGGAAGCUUCUUAAGAAGGGAGACCUUCAGUGGACAUCAAAAGGCUUCACAAAUGCGUCCUGUAGACCCCUCAAAGAGUCGGAGGAUGAGAGCAACAUUGAGGAGUUGGACCUGCCGACCGACUUUAAGGAUCUUCCCACUCGGAUCGACUGGAACGCCGAUCUUCCCGCAAACAUCAGCGUUCCCAGAGUGGAUCUCCACAGCCUGAUCCUGGACUUCGCUGCUGUCUCCUUCCUGGACAUCUCCGCUCUGAAGGGACUCAAAACGACGCUGAAAGAGCUGAUUCGGGUUGAAGUCGAGAUCUACAUUGUGGCUUGUGAUACUUACAUCCUUCAGAAACUCCACGACUGUUCCUUCUUUGAUGAUGAAGUUCUCCCGUCGAUGUUCUUCCUGACGCUGCAUGACGCCAUGCUGCACAUCCUCCAGAAACAUCCAGAGUCCACGGAAGAGAAGUCUCACUACGACAAGAUAAUAACAUCAGUCACAAUUCAUCACCCUGGAGGCAGCUUGAGGAGCAGAGAUCGACACGCUCCAGAGACCAAGUUCUAACUUCUGAACGAGAAGAGGAUUCCUUGGAGAAAACACCAACAAAAAAAAGACCAAAGAGUAAAUGUUUUACAAAUCAAGCUGUACAAAACACUGAUGUAACGACACACUGUCUUUGACGUUAUACCUUCGAUGAUCUGAGUUUACAUAUACAGUGUUUACUGUAGUGUAGGAAAACUAAUUUCAUGGUAUUGAUGGUUUUUUUAUACUGUAUAGUGAAUUUGUAGAAAAUGUAGGUGCAAUAUAUAUGUUUUUUAGUAUUUCCUUGAUAAUGAGAAUGAACUGACUUCUCGGCACACGGGGAGCAAAGCAAUGUGAAAAAGUGAAUGAAUGUGCAGCGACUAAAUAUUGUAUCUCUCUAAAUUAUCCCAAUCAAUGUUUCUGUGUGUGUUUUGUAAAAUAUUAAUUCCCCAAAUGUCCACCUUGUUUUGGGAGCUACCCUGAUACUGUUCAAAGAUACAGUACAUUUACUCAAGUCCUGUACUUAAGUAUAAUUUUGGGGGUACUUGUACUUUGAGUAUUUCCAUUUUUUGCUACUUCUACUCUACUACAUGUAUUUGACACUUGUCACUUUGUACAUGAAUAACAUGUUGUUGUACUUAUAUGAUAUACAUUUCCUACUGCUGUUCUACACAACAUGUGCUCUAUAAUGACGAGUUAUAUCUCAUCUUAUAAUCAUACAAAAAGUCUUUCUGACAAUGAGUACUUUUACUUUCGGUACAUUUAGCUGAUUAUACUUCUAUACUUUUACUUAAGUAGAGGAUUCAAGUACUUUUUUCCCACUAGUACACAGUAAUAUAAUACAAAACACAACAUUGACCUUAUAUCACCUCCACAAAGUUUCAACACUUUUUUUAAAUAUAGGUAACCAACCUCAAGUGUCUCUUGCCUUCAUAAUGAUUAUGGAUUCAAUGAACUUACCCAACAGAAACAUACUUAAAGAGGCCCUAUUCUGCUUUUUGGAGAUUUCCCU